AUGGACGGCCCGCCUCCUCCACCGCCGCCGCCUCAUGGUGCGAACCCCAGGACGACGGCAGACGGCGGGGCAGACGAUGGGCAAUAUCGAAAAGCGUCAGACUUGCCGGAGGGGCCUUAUGACAUUUUUAUUAUUCCUCCUCAUUCCUCGGGUUCCGGUUUCUUGUAUCUCCCUUCCUUGCAAUGCCACCGAAACAGCUUUCUAGCCGGUGUUGCGGCGACCUUGCUGGGUGUCGUUCUAUACAUAAACGUCUUGCCGGUUUUGAAAAACUGGUUUGCGACAGUGGUGCAGAGCGGGGGAAUGGGCGUUUUAAUGCUGGUUAUCGGUGUGGGCGUCGUUUGUUGGACCGUCGGAAGGACACAGAUAGAGGGCGUGCCGGCCAGUGGUAGCGGUAGCCCUCCGCGACCUCGCAAUCGCGACAGACACGGCUCGCCGGGCGCAGGCGGAGGUGGAGGUCCACGAGGACCACCUCCUGGAUCACCUCCAGGCGGUGGCCCUCCGCCUGACGGCCCCAAUCCAUCUGCAGGAGGUCACCAGUACCAGAAUUUCGGUGGUCAAUACUCUGGUGGGGGAUUUGGCGGCCCGUCACCUGGCGCAGGCCCUCGGUAUCCAGGAGGAGGAAGCCAGUACCAGGGUGGCCAAUUUCCUGGCGGCCACCAGUAUUAUGCGGACAAUCCAUUUCCUGGCGCCAACACAUCGUCAUCGCCGCCUCCUCGAUCUUCUUACCACCAGCCACCACCACGACCCCAACCUCCUCCUACCCCCCCUCAAGCAGAUCGACCGAGAGAAGCUCCUAAACCUCAUCGCGUUCCUACCCCGGAAUCGCCUCCACAACCUGCCCCGCCGCCGAAAACAGCACCAAAGCCCGAACCAGAACCGGCAAAACCUGAACCAAAAAGCGAACCAGCACCUGAACCCAAACCUCCAACACCACCAGAAGCCAAGCCAGCGCCCAAACCUGCACCGAAGCCUGAGCCUGAGCCUAAAUCCGAGCCUAUGCCGCAACCCAAGAAAGAACCCAAACUGGACCCAAAAAUGGCGCCUAAAUCAGACAGCAAGCAGGCACGGGAGAAACAAAAGGCUGAUUGGGAAAAGGCAAGGGAAGACAUGAGAAGAAAAGAGGAGGUUCGUAGAAAGAUGGAAGAGUUCCGUAAGAAACGCGCCGACGAGGAGAGACGUAAGCAAGAAGAGCAAGAGAGAAUCGCGCAAGAAGAGCAGCAGAAACGCGACAGAGAAGUGCGCGAGAAAGAAUAUAGCGAGUGGAAGGAAAAGAGAGCGAAAGAACGCGCUGAGAAAGAAGCAGCCGACAAGGAGGCGGCAGAGAAAGCUGCAAAGGACAAGGCGCGUCAGGAGGCGGCAGCCCGGUUCGCGGCGGCUCGUGAGGCAGCGAUAGCAAAACGGGCCGCAGAAAAAGCAGCUGCAGAAAAGGCCGGAAAAGCUCCAUCAGUGUUGUCCGCUAGGACUGAACCGAAGCCAUCUUCUCCUCAAAAGCCUUCCUCACCCCAGAAAACCGCGUUUUCUAGCGCAAGAACUACGGUAAACAACGACGACGCGUAUUCUUUUCGUCCAUACGAUCGUCCGAAGCCCGGGACGCCAAAGAAGUCGUGUGCAUCUUCAGUGUUUUCCGAUGCUUCACGGACGACCGCGCGAACGACGCCGCCACCAUCUCGACGGGGUCCAUACAUCACCAAAAAUCCUGACAAGGUCGUCAUCCACGGUGUGUAUUCGUUUAACAAUGCCUUUAUGAAAACCCCUGUGGCGCAGUUGGUGUCCGGCCGCGGCGUCGUCACGGAUGGUCUGGUUCUGCGUAUUACAACGGAAGGCAUGUUCGUCGACGACGACGUGCGCGGCGUCGCCCAGCGCGAAUGGGACAUCAAGGCCUGGACAAUGAAACUGGUAGAAGUCUGGUGUCCCUUGAUGGGAGCAAGUCCACCGCCCAACACGCGCUCGAGCGCGCCCACGCUCAACCCCUUUCGCAUAGUGGCUCAGGCGUCGAAGGCGAUCAGCAGCGAAGAUUCAGACGCGUAUCUAGCUUCCUUGCUCAAAAGCUGCAAGAACGAAUGUCGCCUUGAGGCGAGUCGCAGCGGGCAGAGUGCUGAUGGUGAGAGCACGCGAGGUCUUCAUGUGGUUCGGGCGAGUCUUCGAGAUCAGGAAGGGAAGAAGUAUGUGUUUGUGGUGCCGGAGACUGAGGCCUGGAAAGUUGCUGUUGGUUUGCAGCGGUUGCGUAAAGGAAGCCAGGUUCGUGCUCUGGGGAUCUGCGGGCUGCCUCUGAGCGAGACACACUCGAUCAUAUCUGGCUUGGGAUAUUGA